CCUGUAGCAUAGCGGAGGCGACCGCGUGCCAACAUACUUCCUUGUAUUUAACACCGCCAUUGUUAAAAUGAUAUCUGUCAUUCUCAGAUGAUUUGUGCAUUUAACUGGUGUAAACUCUAAAUAAGAAUUUCGUAAAUAUGCCGUACAUCAUGAUAAUGGGCAGCCUCAGUGCUCAGCAUCUAUCGAAGGAUGAAGGUGCAACUGUGUAUGGAUUAAAAAGUGAUGAACGAGCCACUUUAGUUCGGGAGUUGAACUCGUCCUUUGGUAUGGCGGUAGCGACAUCAUCAGACUUGGAGCGUACAGUACGUGUAACCCAAAAGGGACUGACUUUAAUGGUCGUGAACCGUCUCCACGGUCUGUUCGGAUACGACGUGGUGUCCCAUGCUAUGGCCAUGACGAACGCCAAUCGGGAACUCAUCUCGUUCACCAUGUAUAAGAAGUCGAGCCCCAACUCACACGGGCAUGGCCACAGCCAUUCCUCACACAAGCAGCAUUCCCAUAGCAGUGUUGUCACCCUAUAAUCUAUUUUGUAAGUGGAUAUAGAAUGACGACACACUUGUAUUAUAUAUUGCCAUCCCUUUCAUUCUCUUUAAGAAAACAGAGACUGCACAUGUGUUACUGCACUCGAAAACUACGGUAUAAUCUGUUAAUGUUAUUACGUUUAUUUGGCACUAUAAGUUUCUAGUACUAAAAUAUCUUUACAAUAAAAUAUUGUUUUUCCUCCCAUUGCAAAACAGAGACACCUUAUGUGUUUGUACGAAUGUACAAAUUCGCGGUUACCUAUUACAGUUAAAACAGGAAUAUCAUAAAAUGUCAUCUAAAUUGGUAAACUUGUAAAUUAUAAUGGAAUCUCUUUAUUAUAAAACUUUUAUAAGGCUUUAUGUGAUUAAUUGCUAUUAAUAGUAUAGGAGACCGUGGUAGGUCGACCUUCACCCAU